AUGUUAGUAGUAGGAAUCGCAUUACGGAAUCUGUUCGACGAUGUUUUCUUCGUCUUACCAUUGUGGAGUGUUACACUUCGGCGCGCAGCAUUUGUAGUUAUUCUGCUCCGUGGAGGGUUAUCACUCGAUGCUGAUGCUUUGAAUAAGCUUAAGGGAGCAUGUCUCCGUUUGUGUUUCAUACCUUGCUCUGUAGAAGCUGUGGUUGUGGCCGCAACAUCCUGGCUGCUGCUUAAUAUGGAUGUUCUAUACGGUCUGCUAUUGGGGUUCGUUCUUGCUGCAGUCUCUCCUGCUGUUAUUGUUCCCGCCAUGGUAGAUGCACAAAAUCACUGUUAUGGAACAGAUUCAGGUGUACCAACUCUAAUUGUGGCUUCAGCCAGUCUGGAUGAUGUGUACGCUAUCACCAUGUUUAGUAUUCUACUAUCCAUUGUGUUUUCAACAGGAGAUUCUGUCUCUCUUACUCUUCUGAAAGCGCCCGUUGAAGUUUUGAGUGGAAUAUUCUUUGGAGCAAUUUGUGGCUUUGUUCUUCGUUAUGUGCCGGGACCAACUCAGAAGAACAAAAGUUUAAUUAGAUUCUGUAUGCUGUUCACGAUGUCUCUAGCUUGGCUUCUGAUUACAAUAUCCUUGAGAGUAGAUUCGAUCGGAGCUAUAGCUGUGCUUGUAACAGCCUUCGUUGCUGGUAUUCAUUGGAAAAAGGAAGGGUCACUCCCGACUGAAGGGCAAUUGUCUGUGGCGUGGAAACUUUUUUUCGAACCGUGCUUAUUUGGUUUGAUUGGUUUUGAGCUUUCUCUCGAUAUUGUAAGCUGGUCUGUCAUUGGAUGGGGAUCUGUCGUGUUGGCUUCGGGCUUGAUAUUGCGGACCAUAUCUGCAUUCUUGGUUGUAUUCGGUGCUGGCUUCAACAUUAAGGAACAGUUGUUCAUUGCUAUUUCGUGGAUUCCGAAAGCCACAGUUCAGGCUGCCCUCGCACCUUUGGCUUUGGAUAUUGCUAGAUCUCGAACAGAUUUACCAGCUGUUUACACAGACAACGGAGUUAUCAUAUUUACGAUUGCUGUUUUAAGCAUUCUGACAACAGCUCCUUUAGGAGCAUUUAUAAUAAGAUUGUGUACCCCAAUACUUUUGAAGAAAGUUUAUCCAAAAGUUAGCAUAGAGCUGAAUCAUUGA